AUGAAGCUGCAGGACCAGCCGAGCCAGGAUGCCGAUGGCUUCCUCGGUCUGGUAGUGGAUGAGGAUGGUGGAGAAUUGCAUGAUGCAAAGCCUAUGGGGAUCUCGCUAAUCCCAGAGGAAGAAGAGGGAAAAGGUACACAGCCUGAACCUGAGUGGAGAGCAGAAGGAGAAGAGAAAGGAGCUGAAGAAGAAGCAAAAGAAGGCAACGACAGUGGCCCAGGUAGCUCACACACCCUGAGCCCCAUGGAGGUUGAAAACCACGAGGCCAGCCGCGUUAGUGGCCAAGGACCAGGAGAGCAGCGACAGGAAGAACAGCCAGGGGACAGGCAGCAGGUGGCCCAGCAUGCCAUGUUCACCGAGGUGCAGCUGCAAGAGCUGGAGCGCAUUUUCCAACGUAAUCCCCAUCCCGACUUGGUGAUGAGACAGGACAUUGCGGCUCGCAUGAAUGUGCCUGAAGCCAGAGUGCAGGUUUGGUUUAAGAAUAAGAGGAGACAUCAGAGGGCGUUAAGGCACAGAAACGUGCACCCUGUGUCCCAGGGUCACCCCACUGGCAUUAAUUCGGGUGGAUCCCACAAUCCUAUCAUUAAUCAGCAACAUGCUUGGAUAUUCUUUCAGCAGCCGGCUUACAUAUGGUAUCCUCAUCCACUGGCGCUGGGGCUUCUGCUGCCGCCUAUGCUACCCAUUCCUCCUCUGUUCUUGCCUCCUCCUCCGCCCUUCUUUUUUCCACAUUUGCCUCCUGGUGUCCCAUUCCCACUUGCCUGGGCAUG